AUGGCUUUACAAGAAACGCUCCAUACCUUCUACAGAGGGACAGUCUUCAACGCCAUAGUCCUCGGUCUUGUGAGCUUCACACAGCCUGGAAUAUGGGAUCUCGGGGCCGGUGGUCUGGCUGAGCCGUUCUUCGUCAACGCCGCCAAUGUCGUGACAUUUGCGAUCAUGGUCAUCUUGAGUCCUGUCUUCGCCGUGCUUGGGAACAGGUGGAGCUUGAAGUGGAUUCUCACCAUUGGUACCAUCGGCUAUGCGCCGUACUCGGCGUCCUUGUAUACAAACAGUGUGUAUGGAACACAGUGGUUUAUGAUUUUCGGCGCUGCGACGUGUGGUAUCUCGGCUGCAGCCCUCUGGGUCUCAGAAGCCGCCAUUGGCGUCGGCUACCCUGAAGAGAGCCGCAAGGGCCUCCAUCUCGCAAUCUGGUUCUCGCUCGGCAAAAUCGGCAGCAUAAUCGCCUCCUUUAUCCAACUAGGCCUUAAUAUCGGCAAUUCAAAUCAAGGUUCUGUCAGCUCAACCACCUACCUCGUGCUAAUCGCCCUCCAAUGCCUCGGCCUCCCCCUGUCCCUGCUCAUCUCCCCAGUCAAUAAACUGAUCCGGCGCGACGGCACAAAACCCACUCGUCCUCCACGGACAACCUUCCUCGAGGGUCUGCGCCGGUUCUGGCAUGUGCUCAAGAGACCCGAGAUCGCUGCGCUGGUGCCCAUUUUCCUCACGAGCCAGUGGGCGCAGACAUACGAGGGAAACUACCUCACGACCUACUUCACCGUCCGCGCGCGCGCCCUCGCCGGCUUCAUCGUGACAUUCGUCGGCCUCUUCGUAAACAUACUCUUCGGCUGGUUUCUCGACCGCGAAUCCCUCUCGCGUCCCACACGUGCCAGAAUCGGGUGGGUUGUUCUAGCUGCAACAUACACAGCAACGUACAUCUACAACAUCGUGCUGGAAAAAUCCUACCAAGGUUCAAACCCCGUGUUCGACAUCGAUACCCCCGGAUUCGGGCGCGCAUUGGCAGUCUACUGCCUUUUUUUCGUUCCCUACAAUGGCUUCUCGGUCUGGGGAUACUGGGUCCUCUCGUGCUUUGACACGGAGCUGGAGAAUUUGACGUUGAGUGCGGCGGUGUUGAGGUCUAGUGAGAGUUUGGCGAGCACGAUUUCUUACGCGCUGGGCGCGAGUCGGAGGGUUACGUUGUUGCAGAAUAUUCUUGUGGCCGCGGUGUUGUUUUGGGCUAGUGUUGUGCCGACGACCUGGGCGACUUGGAGGGUUAGGGAGGCUGAGGGGGUCAGUAGGGAGGGUGAGGGGCAGGAGGAGGCUGUGGAAGGGGAGAGGGAUGGGUCUUCUGAGGAGGUUACUGUUGAUAAUGUGGUUCCGAAGGGGUCUGGGCCGGCUUAG